GUUUGUUAUCCCAGCCUACAAAGAAAUGGAAAACAAUGCUAAAAAAACUCCAGCAAUGGUAUUUAGUGAGGAACACGAGGACUUGGUAAGAGGAGGAGAGAAAUGGAUGAAAGAGACAGCAAAUUCAUGCACAAUUGCAGCAGCACUCAUUGCCACUGUAGUAUUUGCAGCAGCUAUUACUGUACCAGGUGGCAACAAUGCAGUUGGCCUCCCAAUGUUUUCCAAACAAAUUGGCUUCAUUAUAUUUGCAGUGUCAGAUGCAAUAUCUCUCUUCACAUCCACAGCUUCCUUGUUAAUGUUCUUGUCCAUCCUUACAUCACGCUAUGCAGAACAAGAUUUUCUCUACAGUCUACCGAAAAGAAAAGGAUGGAUUCUUAUUCCAGUGGCUGCAUUAGCCUGUUUACCAGUGAUCUUAUUUGAUUCCUUACAAUUCCCCCUACUAGUGGAUGUGAUCUCUUCGACAUAUGGUCCUGGCAUUUUCGGUAAGCAAAGUGAUCGUCCAUUCUUCUAAGAGCACCAAAGAUGGUGAAGGAGUUUAGGUUGCUGCUUCCAGGUACCCUGCAUUU